AUGAAGUUUCAAACGCUCACUGCCCUAUCUGCACUUGUAGCCUCGGUCUCCGCCCAUGGUUAUGUAGACAAUAUAACCUUAGCCGGUAAAAUAUACACCGUUCGUCACACCUAUUUACCUCUAUCUUCUCUUUCCACCAUACCCCUGUAUUCCCCUUUUUAUUCUCUCCAUUCUAAUUCUCCAUAGGGCUACCUACCGUACCAGGACAUUUACACGAACCCCAUUCCCGACCGCAUCGUUCGCCCAGUCCAUGAAAACGGCCCUGUCGAGGACUUGACUCUCAUUUACCUCCAAUGCGGCGGAUACAGUCCAGGUGGAGUAGUCGGCUCCAAGCCCGCGAAACUGACCGGCGGCCCGGCUGCAGCAGGUAGCACCGUAUCUUUGGCGUGGACAUUAUGGCCUGAAAGCCAUGGAGGACCUGUCAUUACUUACAUGGCAAAGUGUGCAAACAACGAUUGUGCCACUUACGUGCCUGGAACUAGGCAUGUAAUCCCAAACACGAUAAAGAGAUAUGAGAUAACUUGAAAAAGAACAAGAAAGACUAACAGAUGAAACAAAUAGUGCCGUCUGGUUCAAAAUUGCCGAAGCUAGCCGACAAGGUACCACGGAUGUCUGGGCCGAUACUCCAAUGACCAAGCCCGGUUACCGCUACGAAUACAAGAUUCCCAGUUGCCUAGCAGCAGGCUCAUAUCUUGUUCGCCACGAGAUCAUUGCUCUCCACGGUGCCGGAACUUACCCAGGUGUCCAAUUCUAUCCUUCCUGUCACCAAAUCAAGAUUACUGGGUCGGGAACCAGUACUGGCCCAAGUAGCAAGGUUGCUUUCCCCGGUGCCUAUAAGGCUACUGAUCCUGGAAUCACUUACAAUAUGUAUGCUCCUUCGACAUAUACCAUUCCAGGUCCUCCUUUGUUCAAAUGUUAG